GUUUCAGGGUUUACAAACAUGGCCUCUAUUAUAAAAUAUGUUGUUGAUGGGUACCAUGAUAUAAUGGACAAUCAAAGUGAUCAGAGAGUAAAUGACUGGUUCCUUAUGAGUUCUCCUUUCUACACACUCAGUAUCUGCCUUACUUAUGUAUACAUCGUCAAAGUAAUAGGACCAACAUUAAUGGAAAAUAGGAAGCCCUUUGAACUGAAGAAUGUGUUAAUAGUAUAUAAUUUAUUCCAAGUGUUAUUCAGCUCCUGGUUAUUUUAUGAGUUUUUCUUCGUGCUGCGGAAGAAGAACGACCACAUCUCGACGCUGCACGUCAUCCACCACGGCAUCAUGCCCAUGUCUGUGUGGUUCGGGGUGAAAUUCUCCCCCGGCGGCCACUCCACCUUCUUCGGCUUCCUCAACACCUUCGUGCACAUCAUCAUGUACUCGUACUACUUCCUGGCAGCGCUCGGACCGCAGUACCAGAAGUACCUCUGGUGGAAGAAGUACCUCACGGCGAUCCAGAUGAUUCAGUUCGUGCUAGUCAUGGUCCAUGCUUUUCAGUUGCUCUUCAUCGAAUGCAGCUACUCCAAACUAUUCGUAUGGUGGAUCGGCAUGCAUGCAGUCAUGUUCUAUUUCCUCUUCUCCAGAUUCUACAAAGAGACUUACAAUGAGAAGAAGAGCAAACGGAAAGCCAAAGCAAAUGAGAUAUCCGAGGAACAUAGUGCAUCAAAGCAGAACAGGUUGACCUCGCAAAACGGAAACUCCAAAAUAGGAAUCUGCUUUACCGGCCAAGGCGCCUUAUACGAGUCCUCAAGCAAUGGCGUCAAACAAAUGUCCAACGGGUACACAUCUUCGGAAUCGGCGGACAAUCUGAGAAACAGGGUGUACAUUGAUCAAAAUGGUUCGAAAUCAUAGGACUCGAAGUUGAAUUUAGAUUUACUUAGACAUAAAUUGGAAUCAUCUUUUAGUCAUCACAUACGAGAACAGGCAUCUGUCAUGCAUGAACUUUUCUCUUGAUGGGAAAAUUGGAUAUUAUGCACGAUGUCUUUUUAUGUACAUAUAGUAAUUGACAUCCUGAGAAGUAGGAUAUGGCUUUGCCUCACGGCAGUUCUUCGUUUUUGAAGAAUCUCAUAUAGAUGGUGCCAAGCAAAGAGUGGAAUAAUUGUAUUUUGAGACAUGUUCCCAAUAUGCCUCUCGAUCAUCAAUUAUAUUCAACAUAUCAAUUAUUGUAAGAUUUGUUUUGAUUUAAUAGAAAACAAUUAUGGUUAUAUCCAUCGUAAAAUAUGAUGGAAAAAUUUUCAGUAUCAAACUUUAUGGCGAUUACGAAGAAGUAACCUUAUUUAUUUCCUUCUUCUAUCAAUUUUAUAACUGAACGACUCUAUUUUACUACUAACUAAGCCAAUUUGUCGAAUCAACACGUGUUUCGCUAUCGAUCGAAUCAUUUAUCGAUAGAGUUUUGGAGUAAGUAAUCUGAAAAUAUAUUGAAAAUAUAAUUCAAUAUGGGUACACCAUGUAUAAUCAGUAGAACCUCGAUUAUCUGUGCUCAACAAGACCGGACGUUGCACCCCACUGAAGCAAAAUUUGGAAGGUUUGUUGAUGCCAGGUUGUAGGAAUUACUGAAAUGGACGUUCAGCAAUAUUGCGAAUGUAAAUUUGUGAAUGUAACGAUCCAGAAAUAUCACAGCAGCAUGUAAUAUUGCUGCAACGUUUCAUUAGCAAACUUCAUCUUUGCAAUAUUCGUGAACGUCCGUUUCAGUAAUUGCUUCAACAUUGCAUCAACAUAGCUUUCAAUUUUGCUCAGUGGGACGGAUAACUGAAAAGCACGGAUAAUCCGAAUAUUUGUUUUUCAUAUAGUAUGCAUGGUUGUACAUUGUAAAUAUAUGUAUGUAUAUAGGUAUCUACAUACUAAAAACGUAAUGGAAAAAUUAUAGAUCUCAUAAGUUCAAACUCACGGCGUAUUUAGACCACUGACGGUAUCCCAAAACAAGGACAAACAUCCGAUGAAUUCACAUGUUUUUGAUUUUUUGAAAUAUUGUUAGUAGUGUGAAAUGUUACUUCGCCAAAAAAAAUUCUCGUGUAAUCAUAAGUAAAAAUAACAUGGAUACCUAUAGGGGGUUGGGCUCUAUAAUUGAUUUCUUGACAUUCAUGUAAAUAGGGAAGGAGAAUUCGAUUCUUUAAAAUUCGCUCAAAAAACACAUCAUGGUGUUCUGAUAUCUUAGAUUAAUAUGGAAUUGUGAAACUGAAGUGGGAUAAAGAUUUAAAUUUUGUAAUAUAAGAGGUGUGUCGAUAUAAUUUCAUUAUUUAUUAUUACAAACAGUUUUUUUCAGUUUCGAUGAUGUAUAUUAGGUACAAGGUGUAAUAAGUGAGUUGGUGAUAUAUAUUUAUUUUUAUAGUGCGCAGAAAUUCACCUCGACCAAAUGUUUGUGUUGAUUUUCUAAUUCGACCUACAGAAUGAAUUAAUAAAUAUUUUACGAU